GUGCCGCCUCCCCAGAUGGUGUCGGGGCGCAGGCCGUGGGCCGCCGAGGUGACCGUGCUGCUGGGCCUGCUCGCCUGCCUGGGGGCCAUGGUGGGCGUGUACUCCGCUAAGCCCGAGCCCCCGGGUGAGGGCGCCUCCCCGGAGGAGCUCAGCCGCUACUACACCUUGCUGCGCCACUACCUUAACCAGCUCACCCGGCAGCGGUAUGGGAAAAGGGACAUUCCCGAAGCUCUCCUCUCCAAACUGCUGUACCCCGAGGACUCGGAGCGGCCUGUCGGGUCUCGGUAA